AUGCUGAAAAAUCUUUUAAUUUUGUGUUUCAUUGGAGCAACAUUCGCUCAAAUUCCUUCCUUCGGAGGAUGCCCGGAAUACGAACCGAUGCCAAAUUUCAACAAAACUCGCUUUUUAGGCACUUGGUAUGAAUCCGAACGAUAUUUUACUGUCUCUGAGGUUGGAACACGAUGCGUUCAAGUAACUUACGAAUAUCGCCCUGAUGGUAAAUUAUGGGUGAAUAACGCUUACACAAGUCGUCUCAACAACGUUCAAAGAAUUGUCUCGGGCGUCGUUGGAGGAAGCGUAAAAGGUCCCGAUAGCGUCUUCAAAGUUCAUUAUCAAUCGUUCCCCGUGAAUUACGAUACCAACUUGCAAAUUUUGGAUACAGAUUACGAUAAUUUUGCCGUCAUUUACUCUUGCACGCGCAUCGGGCCUGUUGCUCAUACCGAAAGUGCGUGGGUUUUCACGCGAGAACGUAACGCCGGAGGUCCCGCUUUGCAACAAGCCUAUGGAAUUUUGGAUAAAUAUCGCAUUUCUCGUACUUUCUUCGUGAAAACCGAUCAAAAGGAUUGCGAAAGUUUACCUCCUCCACUUGAAGCUGAACUCACAAAGGAAGGCGAAGGAAAAUCUGCAACGAAAAUUGAAGAAAAGAAAGAAGAAGUUGUGAAAAAAGUCGAAGAAGUUGCAACGCCUCCGAAAGAAAGCGUCGAAAAAGUCGAGAAAAAGGAAUAAUCUAGAAGCAUCGAAAAAUCGAGAUCAACGAACUUGAUCAUUCACAGUAUUUAACAAUAUUUUUAUGCAAAUAAGUUAUUUUUUGACCGACUUCCAAUAACUUUU